AUGGAUAUUACCAUUCAACACCCCUGGUUCAAACGAGCUCUUGGCCCCUUAAUUCCAAGCCGUUUGUUCGACCAGUUUUUUGGAGAAGGUCUUUUUGAUUAUGAUCUCCUGCCUUUGUUUUCCUCUACCAUCAGCCCUUACUACAGGCAGUCUCUCUUCCGCACUGUUCUUGAGUCAGGUGUUUCUGAGGUGAGAUCUGACCGGGACAAGUUUACAAUCUUUUUGGAUGUAAAACAUUUCUCCCCUGAAGAUUUGAGCGUGAAGGUCAUCGAUGACUUUGUGGAAAUCCAUGGCAAACACAAUGAGAGACAGGAUGAUCAUGGGUACAUCUCCCGUGAAUUCCACCGCAGGUACCGCUUCCCUUCCAAUGUGGACCAGUCGGCCAUAUCCUGCUCUCUGUCUGCUGAUGGCAUGCUGACCUUCUCUGCCCCCAAGGUCCAGUCCAACACUGACCUUAGCCACAGUGAGAGACCCAUCCCUGUAUCCCGUGAAGAGAAGCCAACCUCGGCUCCUUCUUCCUAG